GUUGUUCAUUCUUUCAAUUUUACAAAUCAAUCAAUCAAUAAUCGGUUUUUUUUCAUAAUUGGGCGUGUGGAUACCAAGUGUGGAUCAAACAAACAAACAAACGAAAAAAAAACAAACAAACCAUGCCUUCAUCAUUUCGAAUAUUUAAUUAUCGACUUUCAUUCAAAUACUCAUCAGCAUUAUAUCUAAGCAAAUGGAGUCUAGUAAUUUUGAAUGUUAUUUUCAUUGUUACCGAUAUAAUAACAUCAUCAAUUAUUUGGGUUAAUCUUUUUGAUGAUUAUCAACCAUUUAUGAAUCAAACAUCAUUACAUAUUGAUACUGAUGAUGAUUUAGAAGAAUUAUUAUCAACAAAAAAAUUUGGCAUCAUUCUAAUCGGUAUACUAAUAACCACUGUAUCAACAAUCGGCAUAUUUGGUGCUGUAAGGAAAAAUAUUAAAACUUUAAUGAUUUACGAUGCAUUCGUUGGAUUUGUAUUAAUAUUAUUAUUGUUUGGUUGGCGAAAUUAUCAAAAUAUUUUCUAUUGGUGGAUCACCGUCAUUGUUUCCAUUUUGACAGCAUUAUCGUUAUCAUUUAUUUACAUAAAAACAAUUCGUAAUGAACCAAUGAGAAUUCGUAAACAAUUAUUAUUGAAUCAUGUGAAUAAUCGUGAAAGUUUUAUUUUUUAACAAAAUAACAAAAAACAAAACAAA